AUGGACUCCAGUCUCGAGUUCCUCGGUUCCUUUGACGUUUCUGACUCUCAAGGCACCGUAGUAGCAUCUGCGGAGGAGGUUGACGAGGCACAGGAGGAGGAGGAGUUGUUGUUUUCGGUCCGUUGUCGUACUCGACCAACGCCUGGUACAGAUAGCUCUGGGGACGAGGAGGAGGAGAAGGCAGGAGAUGAAGGGGUGAUAGAUGCUUCAGCUCCACCGACAAAGAAAAUCUUCUCCGACCCAGUAUUGACGGAUUUGGCAGACAACACUAACGCAUAUGCAGCAUCAAAAGGAGCCGGCACAGGAGAGGGAUCGCGCCAGUGGGUAAAGACCACACCUGACGAACUGCGCACAUUCCUCGGCAUCAUUGUCUACAUGGGCGUGUUCAGGCAGAACUCUGUCUCUGAGUAUUGGUCAACCUUCCCUGAAUGUCCUCAACACAACAUCACUACCUUCAUGUCCCUCGUCCGCUUCGAACAACUGAAGCGUUUUUUUCAUGUCUCCAACCCCAACGAGCCUGAGCAACAUUGGUUCUCAAAAGUAGAGCCUCAGGCUUCAUCCGGCCCAGAGCGAGCAGCCGACGUCGAUGGCGCGGGCAUGUCUACUCACACAACAACAUCUACACGGCAGGCUUCAUCCAGCCCAAAACGAGCAGCCGACGUCGACGAUGCGGACACCGCCGACACUGCUUCCUCUAACAAACGCCUCCGACCCCUCCAAAUCAGCUCCGGGUCGUCGACUCUCGUUGAAGACAUGCAGCGAUUGCUGGCAACACAGCCAUCCCAGAUUCGGUUCGACGAGAGCGGCGUUCUGACCACAAUCUGCGCCCAGGAAAAGGUCAUUGAUUUUCGAUCUGUCGGAGCCGCAAUUGAGAAGAUUCUCUCCUCACGAUUGUCUAAGGACAUCACAAUGCUCCAUAUGGAUGGUCUACGAUCAAUGGAGAAGGAAUGGGCGCACGGCAAACGAGAUCAGGCGCUGUCCAAGCAGUUGGAAACACUUGAACGAGAUUACACGGAGGGCAAGCUGCACAACAAAAGACAGCUAUACAAACGCCUGAAGGCGUCGUACCGAGCACCACCGGAGGCAUUGCGCGCCGUUUCGGAAGUACUGCGUCAGAGUGGAUGGACGAUUUGCCAAUGUCUCAACCAAAGCGACACGUGCAUUGCGCGGACAGUCAACAACGCUGCCGUACCCGGAGAUAUCCGAGUUAUCACCAAGGACUCCGAUCUCAUGGCAUUCGAGUCAAUCAUGUCCGUCACCAUGCCAGUCAAGAACACUUGGACUACUUUCCACAAAGAUGAGCUUCUGAACGAGCAUGGCCUUCCGACCCCUGUACAUCUAACGCUUGCCGCUCUGGUAUCGAACAACGACUACACCAACGGAGUUUUUUCCUAUGGCUUGACAUCCAAUGUCGAUACGAUCCGUCAGUUCAAGAUGACAGGUCUUGAUGGAACGGUUGGCCAAGAUCGAGUGGAGGUGGUUCGGAUCUAUGUUAGGCGCUACCUUGACAUAAUACACCAAAAGGCCCGUACAAUCAAGGACUCAGCCACCCAAAGCGCACGUCGUCGACUGCGAUGCAAUCCUAACCCAACGGUGAAGGCACACGACAAGGAUCUGAGGAGGAUCGAAACGGCCGAUCGACAGCUGCGUGUAGAUGUGACAGAAUUCGGCCAUGCUCUCAAGACAUUCGGGGCGGCGACAGACGCAGAGGCAACGCCACCACCACUCCCAACGGCACCCAAGGCAGGAUCAGCACCAUAUCCGCAAGCUACAUCAGCGGGAUCACCUUCCAUCAGGCAGACGCAUGGCCCAGCCGAACAUCCACCAUCGCACAAGCAAAAGAUUAAAAAACAACGCCGACAUGGUUCACGUGCCCUCCAGCGGCGACGACAGAAGUGGCGUCGUUCCAGAUUCCGCUCGCGCACAGACGUGCAAGAUCGCUAUGUGCCGGACACUGUUUUCCUAGAAAAGGCCAGCCCUGUUGAUGUCGUGGAACUUUCAGGAUUGAAGCCGUCGACCCCCCGUCCUUCAAAGCCCAAGGAGCAAUCCCCCCGUAUCGACCAAGUGCCUGCCCCCGCUGCCAAGAAGAAAAAGAAAAAACUCCUUGGCGAACCUAAAGGAAUAGCUGGACCCAAGGCCUUGAAGAGAGCGUUCCAGUCUGUUUUCGCAACGGUCACGCUCACGACUGGAUCCCUGCAAGGCUGCCUAGGAAGAUCAACCAAUCUGUCGAAAGCAGAGGUUGCGCAGCUAACCCAACACGUGAGUUCGGCAGUCUCUACCGUCAAUAGCGCCAAACACAUUGUGUACAAGCUUAUCGAGAUGCGCAUUCUACAGCCGCUGAUCGAGACUGGACUGAACCAGGCAGAGGAUGGACCGGACGAGAGCUUCCUAGAGAAGAUCCUGGAUUCCGAUUGGGCGGAAAGGUUUGUCCAAAACCUACUGUCCUUCGUCUUGAGGAAUUCCAUUGUCCCCCAAGGACGUCCGCCCGCGUCGGACAAGAGCAAGGAUGCUGUCGCUGAAGCAAUCUCGACGUUUAACGAGUUCAAGAAGACGCUGUGCCCAGGGUUCAAAGCCCUCAACUCAACGGAUCUGGCUUUGAGUAAUAUCAUCGCGGAACUUGCACCCAAGAUCUGCCUAGAUCAGAAACUGCAUUACAGGAGAAUACCGGAGACUCUUAGAACAAAGCUCUCCAAGCUGUCCAUUGAUUGCGAUGGUCUUCCUGAAAUAGAUCAAGAUGGCACCGACGCUGGUGGUGAUGCCGGGGCUGCUGACGUUAACGAGGGUGUGGACGACGACGACGCCCUCAAGCGAUCCAAGAAGAUCAUUUUCAAGCCGGGUCAUAUUCAACUCUGCUGGCGAUAUUUCCUCCUCUUACCAUCAUCCAAGCGGCCCCGGUUCUGCACCCAGGCCAAAAUGAGCGAUUCCUUCAUCGACAUCAACGAGGAAGCGUUGGUUGCGCUUCUCUGGGGAGAGAAGGCAGUUCAGUUGGACAACGUAUGGGAGGACACCCGCUACACUCACAACUGGGCAGCGGCAAAACAGCGUUCUUCGUACGGAGAGGUGAUCAAAGAACUAUUCAUCGGUGACCGAGAUGUCAUCAAGGAAGCCAGGAAUAAGCAGCAGACGACAUACGGGAAGAGGACAACAACCAUGGCUGAGCGUGAGGAGGCCCAUCCACACAUCUACGGACAGUUAGAGCUCGCACGGUAUUUGACGAAUAAGGUCAAUUUUUUCCGAGAACGGCACAACGCCUCCCUCACGGCCCCGACACCACCGUUGCCAUCAUCAACGCCAUCGUCAUCGACGACCUCCACCCCACCGCCUCUUCCCACCCCACGUCAGCAGCCGCGUUCUUACCGCUACGCCCUCAACAACUAUAUCAGGACGGAUGGCCACCAGCUGCAGAUUCUCGCGUAUGACCUUACAAAACCCCGCCAAUCCCCAAAUUACAGUGAGUUUCUUUCUAGGAUCGAGAAGCUUUAUCCAACGCGGCAGCAUCUUAUCGACGCGUUUGGCGACGACCUGGAUUCAGUCAUUGUCGUCGGUAUUGAUCCCGGAGAGGUAGUGAGUGGUGCAUUUUGUUUGACACUUCCCGGUGGAAAAGUCAUCAAUCUGCUGAUCAAGAGGGCCUCCCUAUACCAGCCUACUCUGGCCUUCCGAGAUUGGGAACAGCAUUGGAAAAGGCGACACCCAACAGCUGGUCCAGGCGAUGUUGUCGACUCAUCCCUUUGGACACGGAUUACCGACCUGGACAAGCUCACCACUCUCCCGUCUGUCCACGACCUAGAGAAUUCUCUCCCCUCAACGAACUACGACACCUCGUUGGAUGCUUUGACGGCAGCUCACAAGAAGUACUACGAGCAGGAACCGCUGAUCCACGGGAUUUACGCGUCAAGAGAAUGGAAGGUAGCGGUUCACGAGCACAGAAUGGCGAAAAUGUCGGAGUUGGAUCUGGCCGUCGCUGGCGUUUUGCGGAUGGUGGAUGAGGCAUGUGAGGGCGUACCCAGUGCUGCGCUCGGAUACAAGGCUGCCCUGGUCGACGAGUAUCUUACUUCCACCAUGUGUCCAACAUGUGUGGUUGAGAACCGAGCCACCCGCCUCGCCAAGCCGUCGAUGAGGACAUGCGCCUGUGUUGAGUGCACUCGGUGGAUUCACCGAGAUGGAGUGGGGGCGCACAACAUCGCUUUGAUCGGAGAACAGUACCUCAAGUCUCUAGGACGGCCCGAGCCCCUUGCAAGACCCCCCAAACAAACCUAA